UUAUAAUGAAUUUGAAAAAGACAUAAUGGAGGAUAAACAUCAUCCUGAGCAUCAGAAAAUCCAACCUAGAGAGAAACUUCAUGUCUGUAAAGAUUGUGGCAAAACUUUUAGCUUCAGCUCGUCCCUUAUGUACCAUCAGAAAAUUCAUACUGGAGAGAAGCCGCAUAAAUGUAACGAAUGUGGAAAAGCUUUCAUUCUUCAAACACAGCUAAAUUCCCAUCAGAGAAUUCAUACAGGGGGAAAACCUUAUGAAUGCAGCGAAUGUGGAAAAACUUUUAAGUACAAUUCGUCUUUUACGUACCACCAGAAAAUUCAUACUGGGGAGAAACCUUAUGAAUGUUAUGAGUGUGGGAAGGUUUUCAAAGGGAAUGCCCAGCUUACUUCCCAUCAGAGAAUCCACACUGGAGAGAAACCUUAUGAAUGUGAUGAAUGUGGGAAAACCUUCAAUCAGAGCACCCAGCUUACUUUCCACAAAAGAAUUCAUACUGGAGAAAAACCCUAUGAAUGUAAUGAAUGUGGGAAGGCCUUCAUGCAGAGUGCACACCUUAUUUCUCACCAAAAAACUCAUACUGGAGAGAAACCUUACGAAUGUAAUGAAUGUGGAAAGGCUUUUAGUUCUAGUACAUCCCUCACUUACCACCGGAGAAUUCAUACGGGAGAAACUUAUAAAUGUAAUGAGUGUGGGAAGGCUUUCAUCCAGAGUGCACACCUUACUUCCCACCUGAAGAUUCAUACUGGAGAGAAACCUUAUGAAUGUAGAGACUGUGGGAAAGUUUUUAGCUCCAAUUCAUCUCUUAUUUACCACCAGAGAAUUCAUACUGGAGAGAAAGCUUAUAUAUGUAAUGAAUGUGGGCAGGCCUUCAGAGUGAACACACAGCUUAUUUCCCAUCAGAGAAUUCAUACUGGAGAAAAGUCUUACGAGUAUAAUGAAUGUGGGAAAACUUUUGUCCAUAGCACUCAUCUAACCUUCCAUCAGAGGAUUCAUACUGGGGAGAAACCAUAUGAAUGUGGGAAAGCUUUUAGCUCUGGCUCAUCCCUUACUAACCACCAGAGAGUUCAUACUGGAGAAAAACCUUAUGAAUGUAAUGAGUGUGGGAAAUCUUUUAGAAACAAUUCAUCCUUUCUUUACCACCAGAGAAUUCAUACUGGAGAGAAACCUUAUAUAUGUAAUGAAUGUGGAAAGGGCUUCAUUCUCCGAACACAGCUCACUUCCCACCAGAAAAAGCAUACUGAAGAGAAACUUUAUGAACAUAAUCAAUAA